AUGUCUGAGACACGUCCAAUCCCCUCCGGCUCGGUCACGCAGACAGGCCUGGAUCCCCGUUCUCGACGAGACUCAGCUAUUGGCUUAGCAGAAGACGAAUAUGUUCAAGAUCAGUCCCGGGGACACCAGGCAGUCGAAGCUUCCACGUUAUUUGGACCAUUGCUUCCUCUACCCAACUGGUCUUCCUCCCCGCAGUCAGAUUGGCAUGCCGAGCAAGACUCGACAUUCAUCCUAUCUGAGCAACUUCGUUUGCGGGACCAGGAAGCGGCACAGGCCAGCUAUGCUGAAUCUCAUUCACCGGACCUGUUUCGGAGACUCCUGGACGGACCCAACCUCGAUGCAUCAGAGUAUCAUCACAUUUUGGAGGAGAAGCCACCGCCCAACCCUAAGCACCGCGAGAUCGCCACCCGACUCAAUUUCAUCUACCGCUUUUUCGUCCGUAUAGGUGCUGUUGAAGAGUCCAAGAUAUCUUUUGGUCCUCACGAUUUCACUUACGCACACAACAAAGCCCUUGAGAAUGCAGGCCUCUCCUAUCAAGCUAUUACCCUGCUCAAGAUGAUACCCUGGCCCACCGAGCCACUCAACCUGGACUGGGAUAGUCCAGCGGUGAAUUGGUCGACGAUACUCACCUAUGAUGAAAAUACGGGUGAGUUGGACCCAUGUUGUGGCUUUGGUGAGCGGCGGCUGCCAUUUGGACUACCUGGCGAUCUGAAGCCAUCAGAGCUGGCCCUCACUCAAAUCAAGCAAUGGUCUCUUGGCUAUCUUUGGAUCAUUGAUGCCGAUACAGGCAGCCUCUGCCGUAAGAACCUGUUCAAUGAGUCUAUCCAGGAAGAUACUUGGCAAGAGGAUGACAGCGACAAGUGGGGAAGCGAUCGGGACGAAGAACAGGCUGAGUGCAAAAUAAUCGGAAAGCCGAUCGACGAUGAUAGUGAAUGGAGCGGUGACGCAGUUGAACUUCUCGAUACCUAUGUCGCCCGCCUGGAGAACCUUGAGACCAUUCCCCUGAAACGCUGGAAUUUUGGCAUUGUCAAUCCCGGCUUUGUCACGAAACAUGAGCCGAUAUACGAAGAUGUUGAGAACAAACUGUACGAAUUUGGUUGGUCCGAUGCUUUCCAGCGUGACGAUUGGGUCGAACGCAUGCCGACUCUUGUGCAGCUCUGGAAACAGGAUACUGCACGUUACCUCAGGACUCAUGCAGAUCAUGGGGAUGACGAGUACGCCAAUGGCCUUGCACGUACCAGAGGAGCUCUAUACUGCCGCGCGCAGAUGCAGUAG